AUGCUCGCUGCCGGGGUCGGAGGUCAGAGCGAGCGUCUUGCGGGCCGGAGAAGGAAGAUGGCGGUGGAGUCGCGCGUUACCCAGGAGGAAAUUAAGAAGGAGCCGGAGAAGCCCAUCGAUCGAGAGAAGACCUGCCCGCUGCUCCUGCGCGUCUUCACCACCAACAACGGCCGCCACCACCGCAUGGACGAGUUCUCCCGCGGAAACGUGCCGUCCAGCGAGCUGCAGAUCUACACUUGGAUGGAUGCAACCUUGAAAGAAUUGACUAGUUUAGUAAAAGAAGUCUACCCAGAAGCCAGAAAAAAAGGCACACACUUCAAUUUUGCAAUUGUUUUUACAGAUCUUAAAAGGCCUGGCUAUCGAGUAAAGGAGAUUGGCAGCACCAUGUCUGGGAGAAAGGGGACUGAUGACUCCAUGACCCUGCAGUCGCAGAAGUUCCAAAUAGGAGACUAUCUGGACAUAGCGAUUACCCCUCCAAAUCGGGCACCACCUUCUUCAGGGCGCAUGAGACCGUAUUAAAUUGUACUUGCUUUUUCUUGAAUUUAUUUUCCAGUCAGUUAUGUAAAAUAAACUUUCACUUCUUCCUCCCCUCCUAUUGCCAUUAAGCCUUUAAACUCUAUAAACAAAUUGUAAUGCAUCUAUUUAGGAAUUAGAUUUGGCUUUGCUAUGGUAUAUUAAUAGAAACUCCAUAUGUUUCAAGUUCUGUAAAAUAUGAAAAGUGCUCUUAGCAUUCUAUGUAAAACUGUAUUGUUAAAUAUAUGUUGCAAUC